UCAAGAGUGACUGAGUGAGGGAGGUAACUGUAGGCGCUGUUUAUAUCCUCGUUUGUUUAAAAGCGUGAAAUUUCACCACGACUUCUCUCUCGUUCACGGAUAGCUGAAAAGUAAGUGUCGCCGCCGAAUGACUUUAAUUCCGUGAAGUGAGAGGACACAGAAGACCGCUUUCGAGAAGAUGUCUCACAUACUUGUACCGACGUAGGGGGAGUGUGCAGCAGCAGUUGGCUUGACUUGCUAGCUAGCCCAGUGAGUGGAGGGCUGCGGGCCCUCCUCAGCCUAAAGUAGCUUCUGCAGCUGGGCAACACACUCUGCGACAACGGCCGUUUGACAACUGGACAACCGGGACAUUAGCAGGCCGGUCCGGACUGACCGAAAGCUGGAUUAUUCAUCGUACCGGUCCGGCGUUAGAAGAGUGUUAGCCACAUUGCUGGACAAGACGACGUUUGGUUAUGAGCUCCUGAAACUCAACAGAAAGCCGAGAGAGGAAGAGGGAUGGCGCAGAUUCAUCUCGAUUACAGUUAGCUGGUAACGUCAAAUAAAUGAAAGUGUGCUGUUUAAUAUGAUUUAACCUCUUGAGAAGCUGCAACCAGCUCGUCUCUUUCAACGGAGAAUACACAUAGCCAUACUAGACUCGGAAUCAGGCUGUCAGUAUGUCGAAAAUGCCGGCCAAGAAAAAGAGCUGUUUCCAGAUCACUAGUGUGACACAGGCCCAGGUGGCGGCGAUAGGUGCCACGGACGACACGGAGAGCCUGGACGACCCAGACGAGUCACGAACUGAAGAUGUAUCUUCAGAAAUAUACGAUAUGUCACGGGCCGAGUACGAGCCAGCGUGUGACAGGAGUUCAUCAGAAGAAGCCCUGAAUAAUGUUGGAGAGCCAGAGGCCAGCAGUGUUAUGGCACCAGUACACAUACCUCAAGCCGGUCAGUUGCCUGCGAUAAGCAACCCUAUUGGGGAAUUCAGAAAAGUGGGAGUAUCGAGCUCAAGUCAAGGUAGUCAGCAGCCGCCGGGGGUUGGCGUUCCAGCUGGUCUGACCAUCAUCACUCAGCCUGGAGCAGUGCAGCAGCAGCCAGCCAGUGUGUCAGCCACCACAUCCAGCCCUGCUCCUCCUCCUGCCACCUCCACGGUGAGCUGCACCUCACGCUUCAGGGUCAUCAAACUCGAUCAUGGUACUGGAGAACCAUUUCGAAGAGGCAGGUGGACAUGUACAGAGUUUUAUGAGAAAGACUCUGAUGGAUCUAAGUCUGCAGAUAGCAUUAGGCAUGCCGCUGCAACAGUGGACCCUAAUGCAGAUAGAGACAGUGGGCUCGGGCAUACUGGAGGGUCUGUGGUUGCCCCGGCAACACACUCAGGUCAGGGCUUGAGCUCUGUGGCGGAUGCUCCACUGUCUUCAGCCCGAAUUAUUUCUGUGGAGACACUACCACCGCAGCAGCAGCUCCACCAUCCAAACUACAGUGCCCGGCAGCAGGGUGUUAGUGGGUCAGCCACGCAGAGCGCUUUCUCCAGCAGUAAGCCCACACCUGUCCCAGCUCAGCAGCCGACAGUGGUAGGUCUCCAGCCCGCUGCACCCCAGAAUGUGCUGCCUGUCGGACAAAAUGGCCUCCCUCAGCCCGGGGUGCAAUUGCAGAAGUCUCCCAUCAUGCCCCCUUCUUCCUCCCAGCCAGUUGGUUACCCUGCACAGCAACAGCAGCUUCCUAUGGGCCAUCACCUGACCGGCCAGCCAUCUGGUCUGCUCCAGAACCAGACAGAGUACUAUCAGCAGCAGCCAGGGCUUUCCACCGGCCAGUCCCUUCCGCUAUCUGGACAAGGACCCUCGUCAGUCAUGCCUCCAGCCUCUGGUGGUGUUUCUGUGCCAAGUCAGGUUGGAGAUGUUGCUGGAGCAGGAGGGGUACCUCUGCCUACUGGACAGCCACCUCCAGCCCUGUUACAGCAGCAGACAGGAGGGAGUGUUGCUGGUUCCAUACUGGUUGGAGGAUCCACUUUACAGCAACAAAGCACGAGUCAGUAUACUACCACUGCUGGACAGCCUCAACCGCACGGCCUCCACUCUGCAUCCUCCAGUGUACAAAAUGUGCCUGCCAUUGCAGCGAGCUCCAGUGUGGCAACCACUGUGCCCGCUGCUGUGCCCAGUGCCUCCAGUGCAGCCAUGCCAAAUGUGACAACCUCCAGUUUGCCUCCAGGUCAGUUUUCCCACAGCAAGAUUCCAGCGGUUUUGGGAGUGCAGGGCCUCCCAGCAGCUGGAAUUGGACAGGUGGAGGGCGCCAGUGGAAGAAAAUCAGAGGGUCUAAUCAACGCACAGUCUCCUGUUGUAUCUGGUAAAGAGCCGGUGAAGCCCUUCAUGCCUGAGAGCCUGCAGCUCGCCACUCCGACAGUCAACAGCCUGUUUGGAAUUCACAUACCCGUCGACGGGGAUGAGGACAGGAACCCUUCCAAGGCUUUCUACCAGGCCUUCCAGUCUGGCAGCAGAUUAAGGGAUUCAAAGCCACACAGUGAUAGUGCCUCCGGAACCAAUGUUGUUGCCAUUGAUAAUAAAAUAGAACAGGCAAUGGACCUAGUGAAAAGCCAUCUGAUGUACGCAGUGCGCGAGGAGGUGGAGGUCUUAAAGGAGCAGAUCAAAGAGCUGUUCGAGAGGAACUCUGUGCUGGAGAGGGAGAACUUCGUGUUGAAAUCUCUGGCCAACAGCGAGCAGCUGUCUCAGCUGUCGGCGCAGACGGCCAGCAGCUCCAGCGGCACCACCCCUCCACAGCAGCAAGGCCUCAGCCAGCCCCCCCAGACCCAGCCGCCGGCCCAGACCCAGCUGCCGGCCCAGACCCAGCCCCAGCCCCAGCCUCUGCCUCAGCCUCCGCUUCAGCCGCCGCAGUCCCACGGCCAGCUCCAACACCACCCCAAACCCCAGCAGCUCCAGACUCAGCCUCAGCUCGACCCCGGCCAACAACUGCAACCCAACGUCACCUCCGCUUGAAGUGCAUCUGCCCCGCCUCGCAACGGGCACAAAAAACAAGAGCGUCGUCUCUAUUACAGUUAGUGUAUGUGAAAUUUAAAAAGAAGAAAAAAAAAAACAAACUUUUGUCUUCUUAGCCACCAGCUUGACCACAAAGUACAGUGCAUGUGUGUGUGUGAGCGUGUGUCUGGGUGAGAUAUCAAGCAAAAGCAAGUGUGACUGCGAAUCGGUGUCGGAAUGUAAGUGUGUAUGCAUCUGUACUGUGGGCCUUUCCAGUGUUAAUGCAAUCAUUGAGAGAGAGACAGACGUAGACAGAGAGAGAGUGUGUAGAGGCAGAGUAUCGGGGAAGGUCAGGCUUUUUUUAAAUCCGCUGGCGACGUUUCAGCACGGGCUGAUCGACUGACUGACUGACUGCUGGGUCCGAGCGUGUGAGGAGGAUGCCUUUUCUUGGACGAGGUCUGAGCCGACCUGACCCGAAACCUGCUCAAACUGUGGGCGUGGACGGGGGAGGGGAGGGCGGAGGGGUUCACCGCUGCCGCCGCCGCCUCCACCUCCUCCCAUUAAGGGACAAACGGAGUGAUUGUCAAAAGAGAGCGAUAUUUUUUUAAAUGAGAUAAUUUGAGUGGGUUAAGGGGGUAUUUUUAGCCUUGCUGUUUCAUGUUGUAAAGUAAGAAGUGGGAGAGAGUUUCUGGAGAGCCACCGCUGCCGUUACUUUUACAUCAAGUCCAACCUUUGCAUCAGUCUUUUUGAGUUCUACUGUUAAGUGUUUUAUUUAUUACAGGGCUGCUAUUUCCAUAAAUGAACAAUUUCCUGAAUCGUGUUUAAACAGUAGCCCAUUGGAUUGUUUUCUCUCUUCUUUUACAGUGUUUUGGAUGAUUGGUUCCCGAGGGCAAUGCUUUAUGUUAAAAAUGUAGGCAAAUUAAAUUCUGACAAAUGUUGAACACUAAAAUAAAAAAUAAAAAAAAAAUAUGCUGCAGUUGCCAAUUCAAAGCUUAAGUCACGAUCCAGUAUGAAUGUAAAGUAUUAAGAGCCUUGAUGGGUGACUCUUCACCUGCUGACAUCAAAUCUUAACGCGGAGAAGGCAUUCAAUGAAGACUUCGAUUCUGUUGGUAGUUUAUCUAAAGGUGAAUUAGUAUUCCUUACUUAUUUCUUUUCUUUCGAUGUUUUUCCUGAGGGGGCCAGGGGGAAAAGCUGUGAAAUCAUUCAACCUACUUUGUAACCAAAGAUGCAAAGCUGUGUAAAUUGAUUAUUUUUAAAUGCACACUCAUGUAUUUUUUUUUUUUUUUUUUUUGUUACUUCCUCCUUCACAAAAUAUUUUGUUGCUGUUCGGCAUGUUCUGCAUGAUCUGUAAUCUUCAAACCACUUUCUUACCUCAUUUUUAUUCAGCACUCUUAUUGUAAGAUAGUCUGUGAACAGUGUAAAUGGGGAAAAUGAUGCAGAGCAGUUGGCAAGAGAGAAAAAAAUAACCUAGUGUUACUGACACUAGUCACAGAAAAUGAAGUGAGCCAUGUUUUGUUCAUUUAAAUGGUGUUUGAAUUUCAUAUGCCAAUAGUUUUGUUACAUUGCAAAUUUUAAUGUAUUUAAAUAAAAGCAAUAUUCAGAUUCCA